GGACCGUGGCCACGGUGGGACCGUAGCGGGACGGAGCGACGAGGGACACCGGGCAGGGCGGGGGUCCCGCGGGGUGUUGGCCACGGGGCUCCGGGCGGGUCCGGCGCGCCGGGAUGCGCGGGGAGAGGAUGGGACCGGGGGCACCGCGGCACCGGAGGGCAGCGGGAGGGGUCGGGGGGCUCGUAGGGGAACGGCGGCGGUGGGAGCACGGAGGGACCGUGGGGACGGCGGGGGGAUGGAACGGCGGGGGUCGCCGAGCAGAGCAGAGAGCCCGGGGAAGGGGUGACCCCGGUGGGUCCGGGAGGAAUGGGGGGGAUGGGGCACGGGGUGGGCUCGGGGUGCUGCAGGGCACCAAGCGGGUGCGGGGACACUGGGGGAGGAUGGCCCUGGUGGGACCGGGGUGGGGAUGGGGGCACGAGUGGGGCGGGGUCAGCAGGGAGGGAUGGCCCUGAUGGCAUCCAGGGGACCACGGGGGAACAGGGCACGGGCAGGGCUGGGGGAUGUUGGCCAUAGGAUCAGCAUUGGCACAUCCCCCCGGGGAUGGGGGGCUGGGGGAAGCCCCCAGAUGUGUAUCCUGCUCCAUGUGAGGACCUGACAUGGAGGGGCUGCUGGCUGGGGUGGGGGCAGAGGCUGGGCACAGCCCAGGGUAAGGGGUAGGGGCUGGGAUGAGGGUCUGUGCCAUGUCCAGGGCUGCGGCUGCAGGGACCAUCCCAGCCCGGAGCGCAUAGGUGGGACUGGGCACCCCGUGGGGUUUAGGGCCACUGGAACACCCAUACACGGGAAUGCUCCCUCUGCCCUGCACCCCCAGGCCCAAGGGUGGGGAGGGGGUUUCUCCUGCAUGUCCGUCCAUCCCGGUGGUGAGUCCGUCUGUCCUCUGCCCAUCGCAGGCUCGUCAUGGCCCUGCCCCGCACGCUGGGGGAGCUGCAGCUGUACCGGGUGCUGCAACGCGCCAACCUGCUGGGCUACUACGAGACCUUCAUCCAGCAAGGGGGGGACGACGUGCAGCAGCUCUGCGAGGCGGGCGAGGAGGAGUUCCUGGAGAUCAUGGCGCUGGUGGGCAUGGCCACCAAGCCCCUCCACGUGCGCCGCCUCCAGAAGGCCCUGCGCGAGUGGGCCUCCAACCCGGGGCUCUUCAGCCAGCCCGUCUCGGCCGUCCCGGUCAGCAGCAUCCCACUCUUCAAGCUCUCCGAGGCCGGCGGGCGCAAGGCGCUCAGCAACGGGCACGCCAGCCCCGGCGAGGCCGCGGGCAAGGGGGGUGGCAGCGCCGGGACGCCCCCGGCCCGCAGCCCCACGGAGCCGGGGGAGAAGCUGUCGCCGUCAGCGGCUCCACCGUGGCCGGGAAGGAGCACCCCCGAGUCGGAGGGUGGUGGGGACGAGGAGCCGGGCGGUCCCCCCUUCUCCCCGGGCGGGAGCAGCGGGGAGCAGGCGGUGGGCACGGAGCUGGAGCCGGAGUUGGCACGGACGGUGGUGGAGAGCGUGGAGCGGCUGCUGCAGAGCUGCCCCCGGGGCGGCGAGGCCGAGCUGCGGGCGCUGAUGAAGCUCAACAAGAAGCUGGCCAAAGCUGUGGGGCACAUCUUCCAGCUGGAGGAUGGUGACCGGCAGAAGGAGGAGGAGAUCCGCCGGCACAGCGCGAUCUACGGCCGCGGCGAGGCCCGGCGCCGCGAGGGCAAGCAGCUCACCCUGCACGAGCUCAUCAUCAAUGAGGCGGCCGCCCAGUUCUGCCUGCGGGACAACUCGCUGCUGCUGCGGCGCGUCGAGCUCUUCUCGCUGUCACGACAGGUGGCACGGGAGAGCACCUACCUGUCCUCGCUCAAGGUCGCCAGGGCCCAUCCCGAGGACAGCGGCGCCGUCGUGGCCAAGCGGCUGAAGCAGGAGGCGGGAGAGCAGAGCCGUCCUGAGCUCCUGGCGCUGCCGGUGGGGCUGGAGCCCCCCGGGGCCGGGUACCGAGCCAGCCUGGAGGAGGACACGGGCAGCCUGUCCGGGGAGAGCCUCGACGGCCACUUGCAGGAGUUCGAGGACGGGCUGGCAGAACGGGGCCCUCCGCCCCCCCCAGACCCACCUCGGGGCACCAUCAAGGUGGAGCAGGAGACCAGCAGGCAGUGAGGCCCCUGGAGCCCCCCCGCCACCAUUAACGAAGCAAUAACGUGCUGGGGGACGGGUGCGGCGGCGCUCCGGGCCCGGGGAGCUUGGUGGGCGGGGGGGUCUCAUCCACAGCCCCCCGGCCCCCUCCCGUCCCACACCGACGCUCUGGUUACCUCAGCCGCGGCGGGAUGCGACUCCCCGCAGCAGCAAUACCUUCAUCCCGCCCGGCUCCGCUCCCCCGCCGUCCCCCAGGGCUGGGGAGCCCUCGAUGGACUGGAGCUCCCUGUACAGCCCCCCCCAAUCCGUGCUGACCGUCCCCCCCACCCCGGGCCCGUCCCCGCGCGGGGACAGACGCGUCGCACUGUGCCGCUCCCACGUCAGCGCUGCCACCCACGCCGGGCACACGGUCCCGUCCCCCCCCCCCCCCAACCCGCAGCGCCCACGCACCAGCCGCCAGCCCCCUCCCCGCAGCACGUGCCAGCUCACUGUGCACCCCCCCUGCCCACCCUGCGACCCCCCCCAGCACCGCAUCGGCUGUAAAUACCCCCCCCACCUCCCCCCGCAGCCCCCGCACGCGUCCCCCCCGCACCCCGAUACCUGCGUGUGCUUCAAGCAUGGUCCCUGUGCCGCGGGGUGUCACACGUGCCGUGGGGUGUCACCCCCUCCCAGCACCACGCAGGCGGCGUUUGACGGGCACUGGGGAGGUGCUGUUCCCCCCCCCCCCCCAAAAAAAACCCCUCGGGGUUCCUCCUCCUUUUCCCCUACAAACCGUGCCCAGCCCCGGGGUUCCCUCCAUCCCCCCACCCCCCGUUAGGACUGUGUGGUGUCUUUUUAGAGCAUUAGCGACUCUUCCUUUGUACCGUGUACAGUAGAUUAUUUAUUUUGUUAUUUUGGAAUAAAACUUUAUUUUAUGGCUUA